AGUACCCUCUCAUUAUUUCCUUUCAUGGGAUCAUUUAUGGUAGUGAGUAAGGAUCAACGGCAUUAUUAUCUGUCAUCUUGAGGAAGGAAGGAAACAAGUCAUGAAGUUCAUGUGGUAAGACCUAAGAGGCUUAAAAAGUUGAACUAAAAAUGUUUAAGCCAACAAGAUGGAGAAGCGAAAAGAACAAGAUCAAAGCAGUUUUCAAGUUGCAGUUUCAGGCAACUCAGGUGCCGAAAUUGAAGGCAAAAUCGAUCACUAUAUCUCUAGUUCCAGCUGAUAUAGGUAAGCCAACAGUAAAGCUGGAGAAAGCUGAAAUUGUGGAUGGAUCAUGUUACUGGGAAAGUCCCGUUUAUGAAACAGUAAAACUAACAAGGGAAGCAGAAACAGGAAGGAUUAAUGAGAAGGCUUACCAUUUUGUCUUGUCAACAGGAUCAUCCAAAUCAGGUUUCCUGGGAUCAGCCUGUCUAAACUUUGCAGAUUUUUUAGAGGAAGAUAAGCCUCUCUUGGUCUCAUUGUCCCUUUAUGGAUACAACCAUGAAGAAAUUUCAGCAAUUUUGCAUGUCACAAUUCAGAAAAUGCAAGGACACAGUGAUCAGAGAUGCAUUAAAGAAAAUGAAGCUGCAAUGGUGGAGAGACAGAACCAAGAUACUGAUGGAAAUGCAACUUACAAUUUGAUUGAGGAAACUAGAAAUGAAGAACAUGGUAGAAGCUUGACAAAUCCUCAAUAUGAAGAUCAUACUUCUCUGUAUGCAACAUCGAACCACAUGCAUCAGAGAUCAAACACUGAUUGUUCAAUGGGUUCAGCAUCUGAUGGAAGUACUUUUGACUCCAUUAACAGUCCUGAGGAGAUGUUACUCGAAGAGACGAUUACAAGAGCAUCUGAUGGGAUUGUUGAGAGACAUGAAACAGGAACUUCUAGGUUACAAAGGCAGGCAGAAGUGACGGAUCUUGAAGUGCAGGCUCUGCGGAAGCAAAUUGUAAAAGAAGGUAAAAGGGGACUUGACCUAUCAAGACGUGUUGCCAGCCUGAAAGAAGAAAGACAUACACUAAUAGAAGAAGCUGACCAGUUGAGGACCAUGCUGAACAGAAGCAGUGAUAAGGAAGUGUCGUUACAAAUGGAGGUUGGGAAUUCAAAAAUUCUGUUAGACAAAUUAAGGAAAGAGUUAAAUAAUGAAAAGGACAUGAAUAGCAAGUUGAGAUUGAAGAUAAAGAAAACUGAAGACUCCAACUCUAAAUUUGUUCUUGCACUAAGAGACGUUGAAGAGAUUUUGAUGCAGAAAAAUGAUGACAUUUCUGAUCUCUAUGCAAAAACAAAAUCCAGAAGCAUAUUUGAAGAUGCUUCUCCUUCUGACGGGGUAGAUUUUCUAAAACAGAAAAUUUUAGACUUACAUAUUGAAAUGGAAGAAUGUAAGAGAGACAGAGUAGAGAUAAAGCUGCAAAAGGAGAAGCUUGUAAUGGAAUAUGAAGCUUUGAAGAAAGAAAACCUAGAAAAAUCCCAAAAUUUGGAGCAGAACUCAGUAGAGGAAGUCAAGAUGCAGAAUGAGUGCUUAAAAUAUUUGAAAACUAUAGAGGAUUAUGCACUUGAGGUGGAAAGAUUGGAGAAAAGAAACAAGAAACAGGCACUGGAAUUGUCGGUAUCUUCGAGUACCAUUAGUGAGCUGCAAAACCAGGUAAAAGAGAUGGAGAAAGAACUCAUAAAGCAGACACAAGUAUUUGAGGAAGCCCUAGAAGGCAUGACACAUGCUAAAGUUGAGCAAGAACAGAGGGCUAUCAAUGCAGAGGAUGUCAUGAGAAAGAACAAAAUGAAUAAUGUCAUCACAGCACAGAGAAUCCAAGAGGAGUUCAGAAAAAUUUCUCUCGGAAUGGAAACAAAGUUGGAUGAGAAUGAAAAAUUGGCCACCAAAGCAGUUACAGAAGCCAACGAUCUACGGCUGCAGAAAGAGGUUCUGGAAGAAAUGCUGCAAAAGGCUAAUAAAGAACUAAGGCGUGUCGAUGAGAAGUUUGCUUUACAGCUUCAAGAUUUUUCGAAUGAAACAAAUGCAAAAACAAAACAACUAGAUGAGAUGAACGAGGAACUCAAAGAAAAGUGUGUGCAAAUUGAGAAUCUACAGAGGCAUGUGGAAGAAAUUAAGAAAGCUUUCUCAUUGGAAAGUCAAAUACUAAGAGAUGAGAUGGGAAGAGUCAAGGAAGGUCAAAGCAGAAAUGGAACAGAGCAUAUUAAGAAAUCAUUGGAUGUGCAAAGUUGGAAUGAUGAAAGAAAAAAGCUCGAAAGAGAACUUGAUUUAAUGAGAAAGGAAGCACAAAAAGUGGCAGUGGAAUCAGAAGCAGCAAGGUCUUUAAAGGAUGUAAACAAGCUGAGGAUAAAAAAAUUACUGUCAGACAUAGAAGCACACCAAAUUCAGCAUAGUCAGCUCAAGCAUCGAUUAGCUGAAGAGGAACUGAAGAAUGAAAACCUCAAGAAAGAAGUUUUCAGAUUAGAAUCUUAUGUGCAGGAAAAGGAAAAGACAAUCACUAAGUUUCAUGAUUCAGGAAGUGCUGAGAAUGUUGCUGCAGACACUAGAGAUUUUGAUUUACAAAAUCUAAUGAUGGGCGGUACAGAGCACACUGCCAAUAAAUCCAUGCAAAGUAAACCAGAAACACAUUCUGGAAAAGAGGUCAACCUGCUACAAGAAGUUGCACAGCUCAAGGAAAAAAAUAUGAGUUCGGACAGAGAGUUGAAAGAAAUGCAAGAGAGAUAUUCAGAGAUAAGCCUCAAAUUUGCAGAGGUUGAAGGUGAGCGUCAACAACUGGUAAUGACUUUACGUAACCUGAAGAAUCGAAAGAAGAACUAGCAGUUACACAGAAGAAGUCAUUCAGGAAUUAUAGAGCAAUGCCAACACCAGGACAUGGAAGUUUUUGGAUUAUGAAUUCAAGAUCUCCCUUUUUCCAAGUCAUAAACAAAAUAUACCUUGUAUAUUAGUGACACAUUCACCCCCAAAAUUCUUCUAUUUCAUUAAACUCUUAUUGUUCACUGUCACAAUACAUCGAUGUCUGCAAAACAGUUCCAACAGGUUCACAGAUAUUCUCUGAAGCCUUCAUUGAAUUUAAGAGUUGUUGUCAUGAAUUUGGUGAGUUGAUUUUGACAAGGAAGGCAGCACAGAAUGUGAAUUUGGUAAGUUUUUUCCCUUUUCCUUUCAACAUACUGGCAGCAGUCUUCCCAGUAAAAACACUUUCAGUUGAAAACUUUAAGCAUUUAUUGUCAAAGAUUCCUUGUUUUCCUCUAUCUUCAACCCUUUUGAAUUAUCACAAAAGGAAAUAAUAUCUAUGGACUUUUUUCUCAUCAUUAAGAAAACUAUAUACAGAAUAUAUGCUGUAAUCAUUUAUGACCAGCAUUUUUUUU